AUGCUUAAUUCUUCAUUUAAUUUUUUUGAGGAGAAUGACAUUGUCAAAUUGAGAAAAUAUGUAUCCUUAUAAAUUAUACUAACAAGCUUAUUUCUAAGGAAAAUGAAUGGAAAAAAGAUAAAGCAGUUCUAGAGCAAAAAAACUAAUUGCUUGAACUCUAAUUAGAAGAUUAUAAAUUAAGAGAAACUAAUUAAAGAAAAUUAAAUGAUACAAUUAGUUAAGCUAUAAAUGACUCAACAGCCAUUUAGAAAGUAUAUUGUAUUUUUUUAUAGUUUAGAAAUCAAUUUCAGAAUUAUAAAAGAAUAUUGAUAUUUAACAGAAAGACCAUUGUAAAACUAAAUAUAAAGAGUAGAUUAAAUAAUUAGAAUUUUAAGUAAUGAUUUCUACUAAAUUUAAGGUUAGAUCUUUAUAUGAAUAAAUACAAGAAAAAGAAUCCUAAGUAAAAGAAUUAGAAUUACAAUACUAAAAGCAAUACUUACUUUAUGAUCAUCGUAUUUCUUAACUUGAAUAAGAGAAACUUUCAAAUAAUUAGGAAAUUCAAAGAUUAAAAGAACUAUUAAUAAAAUAAGAGGAUGCUUUUAAAUAAAAAGAAUAAUAAUAUAAAUUACUACAAGAACAGGAAAUAUAAAAAAUAAAAGAUCUAAAUAUAUAAGAUCAUAAUUCAAAGCAAUAGGAUUAUGAAACUAAAUUUGCAUAAUUAUCUACGGUACAUGAAAAAGAAAAAGAACAAUUAUAAUUGAGAAUUAGUAAAUGUUAGAAUACAAUUAAAAAAUAUUAAUAACAUAUUGAGUAAAAUGUUGAUAUCAUGAAUUUGAAAUAAUAAUAUGAAGAAUAAAUAAAUUAGUUGAAUAAUAAGAGUACUGAAAUUUAGGCUUAAUUCUCAUAUGAAAAAUAAAUCUUAUUGAAGCAAAUUGAAGAAUUGAAAAAAAUUAAUAGAGAUUCAAAUCUUCAAGAAAGUAUGAAUUGUCAUAAUAGUACUUCUAAAAAGAGAAGUAUUGAUGCUAUUAAAAUUAAGAGUUCUCUCUAAUCAUAUGAUAGUCCUAUUUAAUGUAAAAGUUUUCACAUAGCAUGUCCUGAAAAUAAAGUCUAAAUCUAUAAUAACUAUUUGAAAAAUUCAUCUACUUAAUCUAUUAUUUUAGCUUAAAAAUAAUUAAUUUAAUAACAAUUAUAAUAAAAUAAUCAAUCAUUUGAUAAAUCUUGCAAUAUGAAUGAUGGAAUGCCUAUUUCAAUAGAUUAAUUCAAUUUAAUGAAAGAUAAAAAAUAAAAGUCAUAAUCAACUAUUUCUAUUCCAACCAGUAAUAAUUACAAUCUUAAUUCAUACUUAUAAGAACAUAGCAUCUUUUAAUAAAAUCAAGAAUCUUUUUAAUUGGAUUCAAAAAGCAAUUUAAAGGAUGAAACAUAAAACCUAAAACAUUUUAAAUAGUUGAAUCCAAAUAUUUCAAAUCGUUAAAUUUAAUUUGAUUAUAAUAGAUCUAUCAAUAAAGAAUUAAAAAGAUAAAAAAAUUAAAAUUAUUAAAGAUCUAUGUCUUAAGAAGGAGUAAAACAAUAAAUAUCAAAUUUAAACAAAAUUUUAGGUUAAACUGAGUUAAGUUUCUAAUAGAGUACCUCAACUUAAUAAAAAACUAAUAAUACAUCACUUAAUAGUUUCAAAAUUCCUGCUUUUACAUAGAAUUAAUUAAAUACAUUAAAAAAAAGUUAAUAAUGUAUGUAUCCUUGUACAACUUUAAGAAUGAAGGAAAAUCUUUUAGAAAAAAUAAAAAAUCACAAUAAUCAUAGUACCCAUGAAGAGACUAAAUAAAAUAAAGAGAAUUGUUAACCAAUUAAAAAUCAUUCAAAAAAUGACAUCAAAUUUAUUAUUGGUAAAUUAUUGUAAAAUAAGGGAAAAUAAAGUGAUCUCCUUGAUAAAAAUGGAUAUAUAAUAAAGAAUAACAGGAUUUGA